UGCUUGCGCAGAAAUGUUUGGGACUCUUGAGUGUGCGGUCUACAAAACACAGAGCAGCAUUUGGUGAAACUGCUGUCAGUUUCUACAAGCCUGCACAAUGAAGUCUGUGGGUUGGGCCAGAGUUACCCCGGUGUGUCUGUUAGCGCUCCUGCCUGCACUGCUCCCGGUUCGCUGUAGUCAGCCGGUGCAAUGCCAGUGGGGUGCCUACGGAGAGUGGUCCAUAUGUGAUGGAUGCACCAAAACACAGAGGCGGACUCGACCCAUCGUCACAUACGCUCAGUUUGGGGGAACUCCGUGCUCAGGCGUGGCCACGCAGACGCAAGGCUGUACCACGAGUAGAGGCUGCCCCCUGGAGCAGGGGUGUGGAGAAAGGUUCCGCUGUGCCUCAGGGAGGUGUAUCAGCAUGGCGUUGGUGUGUAAUGGAGAUCAGGACUGUGAAGAGGAUGGGCUGGAUGAGCAGGGCUGUGAUGGGUCUGUGUGUGACACUCAGAGGCCACCUCCCAACGUACAGCUUACUGGCCAUGGAAUGGACGCGCUGACCGGGGCACGGCGAGCUGCAGUGAUCAACACCAAGAGUUUUGGCGGACAGUGCCGGAAGAUGUUCAGCGGUGACAACAGGUACUUCUAUCGGCUCCCAGAAAGCCUUCUGGGAUACAUCUUCCAGGUGAAGGUCGAAAACGAUUUCAGUGACGAAUUCUACGACAGCUCCUGGUCCUAUGUGAAACAUAAAGAGGAAAAAGAAGACUCAAAUGAGGGACACCAUUAUAAAACCUUUCACAGCGAGAUAACUAAAAAAGAGAACCACAGGUUGCUGAUAAUUAAGAACAACGUGGAGGUGGCUCACUUCCAGAACGCGCCCCCGGCCUACCUCCCGCUGUCCGAGGAGUUCUGGAAAGCUCUGUCCACCCUCCCCACCGUGUACGACUAUGCCACGUACCGCCACCUCAUCGUCAGGUACGGGACCCACUUCCUGUCCGAGGGAACCCUGGGAGGGGACUACCGAGCCAUGGUGGGGAUUGACAAGAAGUCAGAGAGCAGCAUGAGCUCCAGUUCUGAAAGUUUCCACAAGUGUGUGACAACACGCCACAACUUUUUAUUCUUCUCGUGGUCUAAGACCAGGUGCAAUUCAUUCACUGAUGACUUCAGUGCAUCCGAUGGGUCUAGGAGUGAUCACAUGUCCAUAGAUGUAGACCCUGUUGGCGGUGACCCUGCCUACAUCGAAGGGCUCAAAAAGGUGGACUUGAAGAAUCCUGCUGGAAACAUGGAUAUGUACAGGAAGUGGGCGGGAUCAGUGAAGAACUUCCCCAUUGUCAUCAAAUCCAAGGCAAGGCCGUUGUAUGAGCUGGUGAAGGAGGUGCCGUGUGCCGCAAUGAAGAGGCUCCACCUGAAGAGGGCGACAGAGGAAUAUGAGACGGAGGAGCACCCCUGUCGCUGCAAGCCCUGCCAAAACAAUGGCGUUCCCGAGCUGAGAGGGACAACCUGCACCUGCAUCUGCAAGGAGGACACCACCGGCCCUGCCUGCCAGUUUGGGAAGGUCCUGGAACAGCCAGGGGUCAUCCAGGGAGCCUGGACCUGCUGGUCAUCCUGGUCUUCCUGUGGCCAAGGUCAAAGGUCACGGUCACGAGCUUGCAGCAACCCGUACCCCAGUGGAGGGGGAAAGCACUGCAAUGGGCAGCCUUCGGAGCGUAAAGCCUGCGAUGACGAGGAUCUGGAACAUCUGCGCAUUAUGGAGCCCCACUGUUUCGAUCCCUCACUUACUCCACCCAAGGCCUGCAAGACUCCACCUCCCCUAGUGAACGGGUUCGUCUUGGACCCCAAGAACGUUUACCUGGUGGGCAGCCGGGUAGUCUACUCCUGUGUGGUGGGAUACCACAUCGUUGGAGACACCAACGUGGAAUGCCUGGAAGACCAGAGCUGGAAGAGGGACAAGAUGGAGUGCAAGAGCACUGUAUGCAUGACCCCGCCCCUACUUCAAGGGGUCACCGGAUCCCCCUGGAAGCUGACCUAUCAGAUUGGAGAGACAAUCACAGUGUCCUGCCCACCAGGAAGUGUGAGAGAGGGCGAAUCUGAGAUCCAGUGUGACUCCAGUCUAAACUGGUCCCCCCAGCCAGAGAGCAUCAAAUGCAGCUUCACACCAACAGAAAUCCCAAACGCAGCUGUAAGAUGCAAGGCAUGGGAGAAGUCGGAGAAAGGGCGGUGUGUCUGUAAACUACCGUACGAAUGCAGCGUGUCUCUGAACUUAUGCGUCACUAACGAGGAGACUGGCCGGACACAUGUGCUGAGCUUGUGUAAAAUGCAAGCGGUCGUUUGCCUGGGUCGUAGCUACGUCCUGGCUGAGAACAACACCUGCUCCUGGCCGAGCCGUGACACUGCGCCUUGCUCCGCAUGCCAGCCAGGGGAGAUUUGCGACGGCGAGACGAGCAGAUGCCGCUGCAAGGAGCCGGGAGAAUGCGUGGAAUCCGGUGCCCUGCUGUGCGUCCAAUCCGGAGAGGGAGCCGUUGCCGUGACGAUGUCAGAAUGCGAGGCAGGACGCAGGAGGUGCAGCGGGGAGAACGUGUCGGUUACCAGUGUGCAACCCUGUCAGGCGUAAGGCAGAAGCCAAACACUCUCUCUUUUUAAAAUGGAGGUUUUGUUUGGGAUUGUGCCAUAGCUCAUACUUGUCAUAUUUGUGUAUCUAACGCAUUUGAAUGUAAACAAUUGCUUUUUGUUUCAAACAAACAAAAUUAAAUUUACACACACACAGACUGAAUGCAGUGUAUUCUUUUCCUGUUAACUUUUUUUUUAUUGAGGUGAUGGACUGUUGGACUGCAAUUGCUUCUACUUAGUUUUUAAAAAUAAAAUAAAUACAAUUUUAUCAUG